AUGGCGGGAGUGAAGCGGGCUCGGCGCGCAGCGGCGUCGUCGCGGUCGCCGUCGCGGUCGCCGUCGCCGGAGAUGGACGUGCUCUACUACAACCUGCUGCUCGCCGCGCUGCGCGCGCGCCAGGACGCCGGCGUCGCGUACUACGGCGCGUUCGUCGCGGACCCCGAGCCCGUGCCGCCCGACCUCUACGCGCACUGGGUGCCGCCGCCCGGCUCCUUCGCCGUGCAGCGCGCCGACGGCGACGACGACGAGCGCGGCGCGGAGGACGAGGACGCGGCGGGGAGGGACGGCGCGGACGACACGGACGUCGACGCGGGGGAGCACGCGGGGUCGGACGGCGAGGGGGGUGCGGAAGGCGCAUCGGCGGAAGCGGUGGUCGCGCGCAGGGGGCCUGGCAGGCCGCGGUCGGCGCGGAGUCGGCCGGGCGCGUCAGCAGGCGGGGCAGCGGCGGGCGCGGAGGGCGGCGCGGCGGCGAGCGAGGAGACGAUGAUGCCCGCGUGGCUGAAGGAGCUGAUCGCGGCGGACAGGGAGAGGGCCGCGCAGCAGCAGGGCGGGGAGCACGGCGGGGGCGAGCAGGCGCAGCAGCAGGCGGGAGCGGAGGGGCUGUCGUUCCCCGUGGUGGACAGCAACAUGAUCCGCGGGUCGUUCCCCGCUGCUGUGGCCGCCGUGCGCUUCCUGGAGCGCGCCAGGCGCCGCCUGGGGGGGCUGCCGGGGCGCACGGGGGAGGUGGAGAUGGGCGGAGGGGUGGGCGGGGAGGGGGAGAAGUGGAAGGACCGGCUGGCGGAGGAGAUGAUGACGUCAGCGCUGGGCGUAAAGGGCACGCUGGGGUCGCGGGAGGGCGGGGGAGGGCGGGAGGGCGGGGGGGAGGCGAAGAUAGAGCGGUGGACGCCCAACGAGGACGCCAUCCUGCUGGUGGGGCGCGUGCUGUUCGGCACGCGGUGGAUCAGCAUUGAACGCAUCCUGCCCGGCCGUGGGUAUCAAGGGACCCCCGCGCUACCGCAACUCAACGCUUGCCUCGUUGCUCCCCCCCCACUUGCCAUCCCCAACACCAACCCCACGGCCACGGCCACGGAGCAGGUCGAUCCAGGCCAUCAAGACGCGCUGGCUCAACUACCUCAAGGGCCUCUUCCGCCUUUUGAGGCGCCUCACAACUUGCAUCAUCCCUUCCCUCUCUCCCAUCCCCCCCCAAACCCCCAACACCCCCCCUCGCCGUACAGGUCAAUCCAGGCCAUCAAGACGCGGUGGCUCAACUACCUCAAGGGCCUCUUCCGCCGCCACCGCUGGUGCACCACCGCGCUCGCCCCCCCGCCCUCCAAGGAGGCCGCCGCCGCCCUCCCCCCGCCCCCCUCCCCCCCGCCCACCCCUCCCCCCGCGCCCGCCCCUUCCACGUCAGCAGCCACUCAGGCAGAGGCUGUUUCAGCAGAGGCACGCGCGUCCACCCCGCCGCCCUCUGCUGCUGCUGCCAGUGCCCCCCCUGCAACCCACCCUCGCCUCUCGCUCCCCCUGCCUGCAUCGGCCACACCCCCACCUUCCGCCCCUCCCCCGCCUGCGGCGGCGGCAGGCAGUCAGGGCGCGGCAGGGAGGGCGCUGCUGAGCAUGCCGGCUGGGCCACUGGCUGGAGCAGCCGCAGAUGGCAACGCAGGCAGAGCAGCAUGUGGUGGUGGCGUGGUGGCAUCAGCAGUGGGGGUCACACCCACCAAGCGGUCGCGCUCCCAGUCCUCCCGUGCCCCCGCCGCCACGCCCACGGCUCCCACAGCAGCACAAGGCGCGGAGGAGAAGGGAGGAGGGGAUGAGGGAGAGGCGGGAGGGGAGGAGGAGCGGGUGCGGCGGCACGAGCGGUACCUGACAUGCCUCAUGCUGCGCGCCGAGAAGGGCCCGCCGCCGCACUCCCUCGCCGCCACGCACGAGCUCUACUGCUUCGCCUGCAAGUCGUCUGAGGGCCAGCUGUCGCCGUGCUAUUGGUCGGACGAGGCAGUGGCGGCGACGGCAGCAGAGUGGGGUGGCGGGGGCGGGGCGGUGGUGGGGCUGAUCCCGUGCGCCAAGGCUUACCAUGCUCGCUGCGUGCACGCUGCCGUUAAGGACGGAUGCCCGUUCAUCUGCCCGAGGCAUCAGUGCAAGCAGCGCGGGUGCCGGGCGGCAGUGGCAGUGGUGUGUCGCAGCUGCCCCUCCUCCUGGUGCGCCCUGCACGUGCCGCCCCCCUCUCUCGACUGCGAGCCCUCGUUUCUGAGAAGGUUCCGCGUGCAGCCGCAAGUGCACAUCACCAUCUGCCCCUCCUGCCAGGUGGGUGCCGGGGCACGCCAUGUGGCCUGUCAUGUCACCCAGCACGCCAUGUGGCCUGUCACCCAGCACGCCAUGUGGCCUGUCACCCAGCACGCCAUGUGGCCUGUCACCCAGCACGCCAUGUGGCCUGUCACCCAGCACGCCAUGUGGCCUGUCACCCAGCACGCCAUGUGGCCUGUCACCCAGCACGCCAUGUGGCCUGUCACCCAGCACGCCAUGUGGCCUGUCACCCAGCACGCCAUGUGGCCUGUCACCCAGCACGCCAUGUGGCCUGUCACCCAGCACGCCAUGUGGCCUGUCACCCAGCACGCCAUGUGGCCUGUCACCCAGCACGCCAUGUGGCCUGUCACCCAGCACGCCAUGUGGCCUGUCACCCAGCACGCCAUGUGGCCUGUCACCCAGCACGCCAUGUGGCCUGUCACCCAGCACGCCAUGUGGCCUGUCACCCAGCACGCCAUGUGGCCUGUCACCCAGCACGCCAUGUGGCCUGUCACCCAGCACGCCAUGUGGCCUCACGCCAUGUGGCCUGUCACCCAGCACGCCAUGUGGCCUGUCACCCAGCACGCCAUGUGGCCUGUCACCCAGCACGCCAUGUGGCCUGUCACCCAGCACGCCAUGUGGCCUGUCACCCAGCACGCCAUGUGGCCUGUCACCCAGCACGCCAUGUGGCCUGUCACCCAGCACGCCAUGUGGCCUGUCACCCAGCACGCCAUGUGGCCUGUCACCCAGCACGCCAUGUGGCCUGUCACCCAGCACGCCAUGUGGCCUGUCACCCAGCACGCCAUGUGGCCUGUCACCCAGCACGCCAUGUGGCCUGUCACCCAGCACGCCAUGUGGCCUGUCACCCAGCACGCCAUGUGGCCUGUCACCCAGCACGCCAUGUGGCCUGUCACCCAGCACGCCAUGUGGCCUGUCACCCAGCACGCCAUGUGGCCUGUCACCCAGCACGCCAUGUGGCCUGUCACCCAGCACGCCAUGUGGCCUGUCACCCAGCACGCCAUGUGGCCUGUCACCCAGCACGCCAUGUGGCCUGUCACCCAGCACGCCAUGUGGCCUGUCACCCAGCACGCCAUGUGGCCUGUCACCCAGCACGCCAUGUGGCCUGUCACCCAGCACGCCAUGUGGCCUGUCACCCAGCACGCCAUGUGGCCUGUCACCCAGCACGCCAUGUGGCCUGUCACCCAGCACGCCAUGUGGCCUGUCACCCAGCACGCCAUGUGGCCUGUCACCCAGCACGCCAUGUGGCCUGUCACCCAGCACGCCAUGUGGCCUGUCACCCAGCACGCCAUGUGGCCUGUCACCCAGCACGCCAUGUGGCCUGUCACCCAGCACGCCAUGUGGCCUGUCACCCAGCACGCCAUGUGGCCUGUCACCCAGCACGCCAUGUGGCCUGUCACCCAGCACGCCAUGUGGCCUGUCACCCAGCACGCCAUGUGGCCUGUCACCCAGCACGCCAUGUGGCCUGUCACCCAGCACGCCAUGUGGCCUGUCACCCAGCACGCCAUGUGGCCUGUCAUGUCACCCAGCACGCCAUCACGCCAUGUGGCCUGUCAUGUCACCCAGCACGCCAUGUGGCCUGUCACCCAGCACGCCAUGUGGCCUGUCACCCAGCACGCCAUGUGGCCUGUCACCCAGCACGCCAUGUGGCCUGUCACCCAGCACGCCAUGUGGCCUGUCACCCAGCACGCCAUGUGGCCUGUCACCCAGCACGCCAUGUGGCCUGUCACCCAGCACGCCAUGUGGCCUGUCACCCAGCACGCCAUGUGGCCUGUCACCCAGCACGCCAUGUGGCCUGUCACCCAGCACGCCAUGUGGCCUGUCACCCAGCACGCCAUGUGGCCUGUCACCCAGCACGCCAUGUGGCCUGUCACCCAGCACGCCAUGUGGCCUGUCACCCAGCACGCCAUGUGGCCUGUCAUGUCACCCAGCACGCCAUGUGGCCUGUCACCCAGCACGCCAUGUGGCCUGUCACCCAGCACGCCAUCACGCCAUGUGGCCUGUCAUGUCACCCAGCACGCCAUGUGGCCUGUCACCCAGCACGCCAUGUGGCCUGUCACCCAGCACGCCAUGUGGCCUGUCACCCAGCACGCCAUGUGGCCUGUCACCCAGCACGCCAUGUGGCCUGUCACCCAGCACGCCAUGUGGCCUGUCACCCAGCACGCCAUGUGGCCUGUCACCCAGCACGCCAUGUGGCCUGUCACCCAGCACGCCAUGUGGCCUGUCACCCAGCACGCCAUGUGGCCUGUCAUGUCACCCAGCACGCCAUGUGGCCUGUCACCCAGCACGCCAUGUGGCCUGUCACCCAGCACGCCAUGUGGCCUGUCAUGUCACCCAGCACGCCAUGUGGCCUGUCACCCAGCACGCCAUGUGGCCUGUCAUGUCACCCAGCACGCCAUGUGGCCUGUCACCCAGCACGCCAUGUGGCCUGUCACCCAGCACGCCAUGUGGCCUGUCACCCAGCACGCCAUGUGGCCUGUCACCCAGCACGCCAUGUGGCCUGUCACCCAGCACGCCAUGUGGCCUGUCACCCAGCACGCCAUGUGGCCUGUCACCCAGCACGCCAUGUGGCCUGUCACCCAGCACGCCAUGUGGCCUGUCACCCAGCACGCCAUGUGGCCUGUCACCCAGCACGCCAUGUGGCCUCACGCCAUGUGGCCUGUCACCCAGCACGCCAUGUGGCCUGUCACCCAGCACGCCAUGUGGCCUGUCACCCAGCACGC